GUUUAGCAAAACAAAUGGGUCGGAAAAAGAUCAAGAUGGAGAUGGUUCAGGACAUGAACACAAGGCAAGUCACCUUUUCAAAACGUAGAACCGGUUUGUUCAAGAAGGCUAGCGAGUUAGCCACCCUCUGCAACGCUGAGUUAGGUAUUGUUGUCUUCUCGCCAGGAGGCAAGCCUUACUCAUACGGGAAACCGAAUCUUGACGCUGUCACAGAGCGGUUCAUGAGGGAAUGCGAUGAUGAUUCCGACAGUGGUGGUGAUGAAGAAGAAGAAGAAGAAGAAGAAGAAGAAGAAGAAGAAAGAGGCAAAAGUAGACCUAAAAUGAAGAAAGUGAACGAACAUCUUGAUUGUCUCAAGAGAGAGAUUGAAGCUGAGAAGAAACGAGGCGAGGAGAGGCAGGCAAAGCUUGAAUCCGGUGGGGAUGAGAGGUUCGAGAAGCCUAUUGAGAAGCUUACCAUCGAUGAACUCAAAGAGUACAUGGAUAAGUUGGAAGCAGUCCAUGGUAGGAUCCAAGGUCAAGCCAAUAAGAUGCAGGCUUCGUCUUGUCUUGUGUUUCUCUCCGGGGACAAGGCUUCUGUAGAAUGA